GCACAAAAACAAAAUUGCCCCCAGUCAGCCGAAACAUCUCCGGCAGCCCAGCCCAUUAAGCCCACUUUGAUAGUCUUCGUUUCCCCUUUUUCGUUUCCCCUCGUUCGAUUUCCACUCUGCCCCGCGACCCAACGAGCCAGGCAGCCAGGACCGCCCUACGGUCGACGAACAGAGGUGGCCGUUCCUCUGGCGGCUCUGCAGACCGCUUCUCCGUCCCAGGAGUCUCUCCACUCAGCGAGACGAAUCCAUUAGGGGUAUGGAUGUGGAUGAGAAAAAUUCUGUGUCAACUAUGGAGAUAUCUUCUGUUGUCGCUGAUAAUCAAAAUGUAGCUUCUUCGGUUGAUGCAAUUUCCCUCCAACCACUUCAAUCACACGUCCCACCUGUGAUAUUACCUCCUACCAUUGUUCCACCUCUGGCACCGCUCCCUGUUCGACCACCAGCACUUAAGCCUCAUGUGGUGGCACAAAAUGCACAAGCUAGCGAUUCAGAUUCUGACCAUGGUGAACCGGGAUCAGGUGCAGCAGUAGAUGAAUCUUCUCCAGAAUAUGAGAUUUCUGAAGAAAGCAGACUGGUGAGAGAGAGACAAGAAAAAGCCAUGCAGGAGCUUCUGUUGAAGCGAAGAGCUGCUGCCCUGGCGGUCCCCACAAAUGACAUGGCUGUUCGAGCUCGACUUCGUCGGCUUGGUGAACCCAUAACAUUUUUUGGGGAAAGGGAAAUGGAGAGACGAGACAGGCUGAGAGCACUUAUGGCCAGACUUGAUGCAGAAGGGCAUCUGGAAAGGCUGAUGAAAGCUCACGAGGAUGAAGAGGCUUCAUCUUCUGCUGCACCCACUGAGGAUGAUGAGGAGAUUCAAUAUCCAUUUUAUACUGAAGGAUCAAAAGCACUUUUUGAGGCCCGAGUAGAAAUUGCAAAGUUCUCUAUUGUGAAGGCAGUCUCACGUCUUGAUCGUGCCAGGAGAAGAAGGGAUGAUCCUGAUGAGGAUUUGGAUGCUGAAAUGGAUUCGGCUUUAAACCAGGCAGGAACUCUAGGCCUUGAUUGCAGUGAGAUUGGAGAUGACCGCCCCCUCUCUGGCUGCUCACUAUCGCAUGAUGGUGAGAUGCUUGCCACCUGUUCUCAGAGUGGAGUUGCAAAGUUAUGGAGCAUGCCUCAAGUAAGGAAGGUUUCUAGCCUUAAGGGACACACUGAGCGAGCUACUGAUGUUGCAUUCUCUCCAAAAUGCCAUCAUCUAGCAACCGCCUCUGCUGACCGAACUGCAAGGUUGUGGAAUAAAGAAGGGUCCCUUUUGAGGACUUUUGAGGGCCAUUUGGACCGUCUAGCCCGCAUCGCCUUCCAUCCAAGUGGAAAAUACUUGGGCACAACUAGCUUUGACAAGACUUGGCGGUUAUGGGAUGUCGAAACAGGUGAAGAGUUGCUUCUUCAGGAAGGGCACAGUAGGGGUGUGUACGGAUUAUCUUUUCACCAUGAUGGCUCCUUAGCUGCAUCUUGUGGACUAGACUCCCUUGCUCGUGUUUGGGAUCUAAGGUCUGGAAGAAGUAUUCUUGCUUUUCAAGGCCAUGUUAAACCUAUUCUUGGUAUCAGUUUUUCGCCCAAUGGGUACCAUCUAGCUACUGGUGGUGAAGACAAUACGUGCAGAAUCUGGGAUCUGAGAAAGAGAAGAUCAGUCUACACAAUACCUGCUCACUCAAAACUCAUCUCUCAAGUUAAAUUCGAACCUCAAGAAGGUUACUUUUUGGUGACUGCUUCGUUUGAUAUGACUGCAAAGGUGUGGUCGUCAAGAGAUUUUAGGCCUGUCAAGACUCUAUCUGGACACGAAGACAAAGUCACCUCAUUGGAUGUUAUGGCAGAUGGACAAUUCAUUGCUACAGUUUCACACGAUCGGACGAUCAAGCUAUGGUCUAGCAAAAGCAAUGACCAGGAAAAGGCAAUGGAUCUGGACUGACUACUAGAAGAUUUUGCAGUGUUAAGAUGAGAAGUGAGUUUGUAGAUUUUCUCAAGGAUUGCAAAUGUUAAAGUGUUUUUGGAUUUUGGUAAACUUUUGGUUUUGUAGUGUGAUUUUAGUGCAAGCGGUUGUGAGUGACCAUAGCCACGCCUUGUGAGAUUAAGAAAAGGAAAUUGUGUGGAUAUUCACAUUAUGUAAUGGGUUUGUAUGUGGUGUACCAAAGGGUGAUAACCUUUAUAAUUAAUGUUUUUAACAUGU